AGGGCUUGAGAUAUCAAAUUGUCUGCUGUUUCUACUACAAAGCGGGAAUUCCAGAGUGCGGAGGACCGAGGAAAUAGUUUUCUAGACAGAGUUACCUGCCUUCUGAUCCAUGGGCUACAGUAUUUCGCUGUCUAGAAAGUGGCCAGGCUGGAGUCACAGCAGAGCACGGAGACACAAACAGGCUGCUGUUUUGGAUCUACCAAAGUGA